AUGGAUGCAUAUCUAAAACUCAUCCAAGACCUCUCUCGAGACUUCAGCCACUUCGCCCUCACUAGGAUUCCUCGCUCGAAAAACACUCAGGCAGAUGCCUUGGCCGCACUCGCAUCAAGUUCGGAUUCUGGACUAAGACGAGUAAUCCCCGUCGAGUUCAUCGAACACCCAAGCAUCAGACCACCAGUGGUCGCCAAUCUGAUUCGACCACAAAUCAAAAAUGCGGAGGAAGUCAAAGACCCACCAGAAGAAAACGGCUGCGACAGCCCAUGGCUAGAGCCAAUCCGAGAAUACAUAAUCAAUAGAACGCUUCCCACUGAGAAUUGUGCAGCCUACAAAAUUAAUACUCAGGCCGCGCGAUAUGUAACGGUAGAAGGAGAAAUCUACAAAUGGAGAUUCUCCGGCCCACUCAUGACCUGCGCCGAAGGCGAAAAAGCAAGAAGAGUAAUGGAGGAGGUUCAUUCCGGAUCAUGUGGGAACCACUCCGGCAGAAGAUCUCUCGCCGGAAAAAUAAAACGCCAUGGUUAUUACUGGCCAACUAUGAUCAAAGACUGCGAGAAAUUCGCACGUAAGUGCGAAAAAUGCCAAAGCCCCGCAGAAGUAGAAUUUCCCAGAGUACGGAGAAGAUUCCUCCCCGGACGAGAAGAUCUUCACAGCGCAAUGCUGCUAGACAAACUCGAUCUUAUUAACGAGCGGCGAGAUCAAGCUCUCAUACGAAUCCAAAAUUACCAGCACGCCGCCGCAAAAUACUACAACUCAAACGUUCGCCAUCGCACGUUCAAAGAAGGCGACCUGGUCCUUCGCAAAGUCUUCCAAAACACGGCCGAACGUAACGCAGGAAAAUUGGGAGAAAACUGGGACGGUCCAUACAAGGUCAUAAAGGUAGUCCGACCAGGAUAA